GCGGUCCCUGCCCUGCCCGGCACCUCCCGAGCUGAGGGAACCGGGCCCGGGGAACCGGGAUCGGGGGAACUGCGGGCUCCUGCCCUCCCCGGCACCUCCCGAGCUGAGGGAACCGGGAUCGGGGAGCCGGGAUCGGGGGAACUGCGGGCUCCUGCCCUCCCCGGCACCGCUCGGGCUGUGGGACAGCGGUGCCGUGCUGGUCCCGAACGGAGACUCCCGCACCCCCCGCUCCGUUCUGGGGGUGCGGACUCGGUCUUGGCCACGCUGCGGCCCCAAAUCCGUGUCCGAGCCGCCUGUCCCCGGGACAAUGGGGGCCAGGGCCUGGGCAGGGCUGCGGGCCCAGCCCCGCUGCCCCUGGCCGCUCCUGCCUGCGGCUCGGGCAGCUCCCCCCGCAUCCAGGGGAUGCUCAGCCCUGUGCUCGCUGUCCCAGGAGCGGGACACGGUCCCAGCAAUGCUGAGCCCUCCCCUCUGCCCUCGGCAGGAGUGAUCGGCCUGCAGCUCAUCAAUGGCAAGAACGAGUCAGCCCACAUCAGUGACGCUGUGGCCGUGGUGGCCCAGGCCGUGCAUGACCUGUUUGAGAAGGAGAAUAUCACAGACCCACCGCGGGGCUGCGUGGGCAACACCAACAUCUGGAAAACAGGACCCCUUUUUAAGAGGGUGUUGAUGUCCUCCAAGUACUCAGAGGGUGUCACUGGCCGGGUGGAGUUCAACGAGGACGGGGACAGGAAGUUUGCCAACUACAGCAUCAUGAACCUGCAGAAUCGGAAACUGGUCCAGGUUGGGAUUUACAACGGCAGCAAUGUCCUGACCAACGACAGGAAGAUCAUCUGGCCAGGGGGGGAAACCGAGAAACCUCAAGGCUAUCAGAUGUCAACCAAGUUGAAGAUUGUGACCAUCCACCAAGAGCCUUUUGUGUAUGUGAAGCCCACUCAGGCAGAUGGGACGUGCAGGGAGGAAUUCACCAUCAAUGGAGAUCCUGUCAAAAAGGUCUUCUGCACUGGACCCAAUGAGACCAUCCCAGGCCGUCCCACCGUGGCACUGUGCUGCUACGGCUUCUGCAUCGACCUGCUCAUCCGCCUGGCAGGGGUGAUGAACUUCACCUAUGAGGUUCACCUGGUGGCUGAUGGUAAAUUUGGUACCCAAGAGCGGGUGAACAACAGCAACAAGAAGGAGUGGAACGGGAUGAUGGGGGAGCUGCUGAGCGGCCAAGCAGACAUGAUCGUGGCUCCCCUCACCAUCAACAACGAGAGGGCUCAGUACAUUGAGUUCUCCAAGCCCUUCAAGUACCAGGGCCUCACCAUCCUCGUGAAGAAGGAAAUCCCCCGCAGCACCCUGGACUCGUUCAUGCAGCCCUUCCAGAGCACGCUCUGGCUGCUGGUGGGGCUGUCUGUGCACGUGGUGGCAGUGAUGCUGUACCUCUUAGACCGAUUCAGCCCAUUUGGCCGGUUCAAAGUAAACAGUGAGGAGGAGGAGGAAGAUGCCCUGACUCUCUCCUCAGCCAUGUGGUUCUCCUGGGGGGUCCUGCUGAACUCUGGCAUUGGAGAAGGUGCUCCCCGGAGUUUCUCUGCCCGUAUCCUUGGCAUGGUGUGGGCUGGCUUUGCUAUGAUCAUUGUGGCUUCAUACACUGCCAACCUGGCAGCCUUCCUGGUGUUAGACCGACCUGAGGAGAGGAUCACAGGCAUUAACGACCCCCGGCUGCGCAACCCCUCGGAUAAAUUCAUCUACGCCACGGUGAAGCAGAGCUCCGUGGACAUCUACUUCCGACGGCAGGUGGAGCUGAGCACCAUGUACAGGCACAUGGAGAAGCACAACUACGAGAGCGCUGCCGAGGCCAUCCAGGCAGUGAGGGACAACAAGCUCCACGCCUUCAUCUGGGACUCGGCAGUGCUGGAGUUUGAGGCGUCCCAGAAGUGUGACCUGGUGACGACGGGGGAGCUCUUCUUCCGCUCCGGCUUCGGGAUCGGGAUGCGCAAGGACAGCCCCUGGAAGCAGAACGUCUCCCUGGCCAUCCUCAAGUCCCACGAGAAUGGCUUCAUGGAGGAUUUGGACAAGACUUGGGUGAGGUAUCAAGAGUGUGAUUCCCGUAGCAAUGCCCCAGCAACACUCACCUUUGAAAAUAUGGCAGGUGUGUUUAUGCUGGUGGCUGGAGGUAUUGUUGCCGGGAUAUUUUUAAUAUUCAUAGAGAUAGCUUACAAAAGGCAUAAGGACGCGCGGAGGAAGCAGAUGCAGCUGGCGUUCGCGGCCGUUAAUGUGUGGAGGAAAAACCUGCAGAGAGAACUGAGAAGGAGGAGCAAAUGUAUCCCCGAGCAUGCUCUACGCACCAGCGGGAUACAUUUUGGUUACCCCCGUGCGGUAGCAGAGCCAGACCUGGUCACUCCGUCCCCCGUCGGAAAGGUCACACUCAUUGGCACCAAAGCAAUUGGGGAGGACUCGUUGCCAGCGCCCGGCGCCGAGCGCGGCCGGGCCCCCCGGCCCGCGGCCCCCGCACCAUGGCGGCUGGUGCUCCCAGCCUGCGCCAACCAGCAGUAUCACCCCACCGACAUCACUGGCCAGCUCAACCUCUCCGACCCCUCAGUCAGCACUGUGGUGUGACCUUCUCCCCGAGGGCCAUCAGUCCUUGCCCAACACAGUAGGAAGGCACAGCCAGGACUGCCUUUCCAGGGACACUGAUGGGUUCUUCUGGGUGAGAUGGGAGGAAAGCAUCCUUCAUCCAUACACAGUGACUCCAUUGUAUAUCCCCCUCCCUUCCUAAGCCUGCUGCCAUGCUUGUGCCCCAGGAAGCACGGCAGGACCAGGACAAGGUUUGGACCUCACUGUACAGAGAUAAUUGCUUCCAAACAGUGCCACGAUAAUCAGAAUUGCCACCGACUGGCUCCAUGCAAGGGGGAAGGACUGCAGAAGGCACACGGUGCCUGCUCUCCCAUGGUAGCAGGGAAGAGCUGGUGCCAGACCACAAACGCGUGCUUCACCUCACAGACUGCAGCUCCUGAGCACACGCAGCCCCUCAGUCGUGUGCUCCACGUCUCCCACCGCCUGGAGGGCUCCGUGCCCACGGUCCUGAGCAGCUGGAGCAGCCAGCUCCUGGUGCGGCAGGUCGGGCACAAGUUCCUGCUGUGCCGAGCGACCCUCCCGUCCGCAGCAGGGGCUGGAAGAUGUGCGCUCUGCUCCGUGCAGGGGACGGGCCCUCCUCCCUCCCCUGCCGUGGCUGUGACUCGGUCCCUGGCCGUGGUCCGGCUGCUGCCCUCGCCCCUGUGCUGACCGCGGAGCUGCGGAGCCCUGCGGUGCCACCCCGGCUCCCACCUCUCCUGCACACAACACAUCCCCAGGACCUGGCCACGGCCAGCAUGUAGCACUCACACAGCAGCUCUCCUGGCCAGGAAUUCUCCACGGAAAAUGGCUCUGGAUGGUUGCACUGACCUCUACCCCAGCUCCACACUGCCUCAGCACCAGCAAUGCAAGGAGAGAUGCUGCGGGCUGCUCGCUGCGGUGCCCGGGCUGGCUCAGGGCAGCACGGCCGGCCCUGGCGGCUCCCCUGCCACCCUCACCUGCAGCUCCAGCUCGCAGCCCUGAAGCCCCAGCUCACGGCGCUCCACCCGCCUCAACCUGGAGACGUGGAAAGCAGAUCCCAGUUCGGGAGAAGGGAAGCGAACGAGCCAGGCUGAGCCCGUCGCACCCCGCUCCCCCUCCCCCGGGCCCGCACGCCCGCCCUGAGCGGCUCCCGUGGGCAGAGGCAGCGGGGGUGAGCAGCUCUGCACGGGCAGCAUCGCAUCCCAUCUGCAGGAAAAUCCACCUGCAACGUGGUACCCAGCGGCACGAACUGCCUCCCCCUGCCCCAGGGGCAGGAUUUUCACAUGGCAGCUGAGCAUCGUCCCACUGACUGCUGUGGCUCCAUCAGUCCAUUAGCUCCAGCUGAGAAAUCGGACCCAUUCUACUUUAUACGUCAAUGUUACAUUAAUACCAAGUUUUUGCAAGAGCUCAGUAAAGUCUAGACUGGAUCAUGAA